AUGGGGGACACGGCGGAGCUGGCGACGGAAUACACCCGGGUUAACAACACCCAGUACGGCACCGGCCUGUUUCUCCUCGAAAGACUCAAUCUUGCCCCAGGCAUGAGAGUUCUCGAUGUCGGAUGCGGACCUGGAAAUCUCACAGUUCACAUCGCACAAAUUGUCGGAGACAACGGCAGCGUUGUGGGCAUUGAUCCCAGCACAGAACGCAUUUUGAUUGCGCAGAAGAUUCAGAAGCCAAACUUAUCAUUCUCGGAAGGCCAAGCCGAAGACCUAUCGCAGUUUUCUACGGGGAGUUUUGAUGCAGUCUACGUGAACUCUACAUUGCAUUGGGUUCAAGAUCAACCCGCAGCACUGAAGGAAUUUGGUCGCCUGCUGAAACCGGGAGGGCUGCUUGGCAUUUCAGGCGGAUCAGGCGAUACGCUCAGCUCCCAGGAGAAGAUCAAAGCCGAUGUGCUAUCCAGAGAGCCAUAUCGAAAGUAUCCGGAAGAGAGUCCACCCAAGUUUCUCAAGCAACGCGAGCUCGAAGGGCUUUUGAACGCUGCUGGAUUCUCAGAGAGAACUUUUGUCGUCAACAAGAUCACAAAGUCAACCAAGGACGCCGAUGAAAUGAUUGACUGGUUGGAUGCAAGCUCCUCCGGAAAGACGUAUGGCAGCAUUCCUCUGGAGCUCCGUCCACGUGCAAGGGAGGAAAUGAAAUCGGAAUGGAACAAACUUCUUGUGGCAGAUGGAAUCCAUAUGGAUAUCGAUCUCUUGGUGACUGUGGCGGUUAAAGCCUAA